AUGAAAAUAAAGACGGAGCCCUUGAAGAGAAGGAAAGGGACAGGAAAGGCUUUCCCAGUGAGACUAAAACAAACCGAAAUCUCCAGGGUUAUCCCACGUGUUACGUCGUAUUUUGACUCUUGGAGGUGCCGAAUGGUACUUAGCAGUAGAAAGCUCCUGCUAUACGCCGAUGCUGCUUGGCUAGGCGGUGGACACGCAGCUUGGGCUGUUUCCCUUGGGUGCGAUGCUCAGCUGGGUAACAGUGUCACAACUGGCCGUGUUGAGGCACUGGGUCCAUUCAAUCAUUCAGAACCCAUCACAAGCAGUCGAGCCGAACUUCGUGCAGUCAUAGCUGCUCUGCGCCUUAGUGACUGGAAGGCAGAGGGCUUCAAAUCCAUCAAUGUCGCCACUGGCUCGACUUAUGUUACCGGAGGAGUAAGUAGGGUAAAGAGAUGGCGUGACAAAGGGUGGAAGAGAAAACGCGGCAAAGAUGUCAGUGACAGAGACUUGUGGGAACUGUUACUUGGAGAGACGGAGCGAUGGAAGGACCAGGAUGUCGAAGUUUGUGUGCUAGGCGUCCCGCGAGAGGUCACUGUUGAGACAGGUAAAGCGGCGUCAGCAGCUGCUCGUAAGCUACAGGAUCAGGCGAGGUUCACUGACGUCGCAUUAGACCCUUUAUUGGAGGCAAAAAACCAACCAGAGCGUGUCACGAUUAUUAUUGCACUUGGAGGCAAUGACCUUUCUCCUAACAGCUGGCAAUCCACCCUGCUCCCCAUGGCUCAAGAGAGAUCGGCCGAGACUCCCGAGCGGGCGCUAAAAUUGCUCAGUGGUCCACCACCCGCUGGGAUCUUUAUCGCAGACGCCGCGAUCACGCGCCACAGGGAAGUGUUAGAACGAAUCAUCGACGCCAUGCAUAAGGGAGCCAAGGUUGUUGUUGGAGGUGUCUUCGCCAGUACAGUGACACCACUGGAGUUUGCUCGUUUCUUUACCAUUCUUGGUCUUCUGUGGGAAAGAGCGUAUCCUCAUCGGGCUCCUCUUUAUCUGCGGCCUGGAGUGCUGUACAGGGACUCGACGGUCCGGCUGCCACGGGAAUUGAUGGACAAGAUGUAUUUUAUUGAGAGUGUGAAGGAGUCGGAAAAUUGGUACACGUUUACUGGCAACCCUGCUGAGCACAAGGCUGCUGUUGCGUAUACAACGAUUGGGGCUGGAGCAUUUGGGUUUGUCGGAUGUGUGAGUCAUGAGAGGGGUGCUAUCAAUAUUGCCAGAGUUAUGCUUGGUGAGACUUUGUAA